UUAAGUGUUGGAUAAUGUGUUUUCGAUUUCGUAGGUCGCAGAACUAUAAAAAAUCUUCACAGUGGCGAAAAUUUACGCAGUGUCACUAUGAGCGUUACUAACAAGACGAAAAAUUCUCGAAUAUCAUGAGAUCUGCGUUGACUGGAAAUAGUGUGACAGGCUUGAGGAGAGGAAGAACCGCACUGCCCAUUUAAUAACUUUUCUCAGUAAAAGUACAGUUGAAUGAAAUGGAACAAUCAAGCAUUUAAAAUUGAAAACGAUGGUUUAUUAGUUUAUAAUGUACAAGUUAUUAUCCGUGGGAAGAACAGUAGUACUGACUAUUUAACGGUCAUACAAUUAGAAGAAUGUUCCUACAAUAAUGUCUUCAAAUCAGGCGCGCGAAUUCGACAUUGUAAUUUUUGGUGUCACCGGAUUGGCAGGACGAUAUUGUGCCGAACAGCUGCACAAGAGUUCGGUUGUGGAUAAAGUACGGUGGGCCGCUGCUGGAAGAAACAAAAACAGGAUUUCCGAGGCUCUUCAUGAGGUAUCUUCGUGGCUAAGUCCCGAUUUAGCCGCAGGGCUUUUAGAAGUUCCUGUGAUAAACGCAGUCGUGUACGACUCUGCUAGCUUGCUCGCAAUGGCUAGUAGAACUCGUUGCGUUAUCAAUACUGUCGGACCUUACACGCGUUGGGGUGAACCCGUUAUUCAGGCCUGCCUCGAAGCCGGCACCCAUCUUCUAGAUUUGAGCGGCGAGACCUAUUAUAACGAAGCUAUGAGAAAUAAGCACCAUCGCUUAGCUCUUGAAAAAGGUGUAGUAAUUUUACCAGCUGCCGGAUUUGAUUCGAUACCAUGCGAAAUGAUGCUACAGUUUGCAAAACAAAAAUUUUCGGGAAAAAUCAAUUGCCUCGAGACAUUUGGUAUAAUGAAGGACGGUUCUCUAGGAUCUGCAAUUAACACCGGAACGUGGGAGUCGAUUCUAGAAAUCUUAUCAUUCAGCGCACUAAGUAGGAUGUCCUAUAUUCGUGAACGCGCGUGGAAAGAUGUGUUCAGCCAGCCUUGGCAGCCGAUGGAAUUUAGAACCCGUAGACCCCUCUUUAUUGGCUGGCGCUCCGCAAUUCCUGGUUUCACACUUCCAUAUAUUGCCGCUGACAAACCGGUUGCGACACAUGCCGAAUUUUUUCGUCGAGAAAUCGAUCCCACGUACAAACGGGUUCAGGUGCAGACGUAUAUUUGUACCUCCCUAUUGAAAUCGAUUGCAAUACUUUUUAUCUUGGGUUUUGCAGCACUUUUAUCACAAGUAUCGUGGGGAAAGCGACUUUUAUGCACCUAUCCAGAAUUCUUUACAGCAGGAUUUUUUCGCAGAGGUGGUCCUACGCGAGCUCAAGUUUUAUCUUGUGGAUUCACUAUGUACGGUAUUGGUACGGGCUGGCACCACGGAGACUCCGAAUCUUCUACCCCACGGAAGCGUAUUGUAGUCCGUCUUGAUGGUCCUGAAGUUGGAUAUUUAGCCACUUCGAUUUGUAUCGUUACUUCUGCUCUUUGCUUAGUUAAGGAAACUGAAAAGCUGUCCCUCAGGGGAGGUUACUUGACACCAGGCUUCGCCCUCGAAAGGACAUCGCUGUUGGAGAGAUUACAAAAGAAUCAAUUCAAGUUUAGCGUAGUAGAAGAUGCAGCACCUGAGACCCAAUGAACAUUAAGGCAGGAUAAGUAGAUACAUAUAUAUAUGAGACCUGGUGCAAUGAUUCCAAAACAUCUGGCGUCUCGAAAGCUAACCAUAAGAUUAAUUUCAUUUAGGUAUAUCUGAUUUCAUAUCUAUGCAAUAGAACUCAGUCACCUCCGAUUGAUGAAACGAAAAGCAGGUAUCAAUCACCGUACUGUGCUUACAAGUAGCUUGUUUUCUUAGAAAAAUUAAAUGUGGUUAAAUCGGUAGAAUAUUUGGAUUUUUACAAUUAUUGUGAUAAAUAACCUCGGAUGUUUAAAAAUUCUUAAAACAAGUUGCGUGGACGUAUACAUCAUAAAUAAAUACGAGAAGAGGCAA